GCUUGGAGGGUUCGAAAUUAACGGAAACGGAAGCUAAACGUUUUAGUUUACAAAUUUACUACCAAUUUUCUGGAAAUAAACAAAGGAAACGUUUAAAAAUCUAAGUUUAUUGAAGCAAUCGUUUUAUAAAUUACUAUGGCAGCCGUGCAGAAACCUAAAAGUGAGAUGACUCCUGAGGAGCUCUCUCAGCAUGAACAGGAAGAGUUUAACACAGGCCCAUUGUCUGUUCUGACUCAGUCAGUCAAAAAUAACACACAGGUUCUUAUCAACUGUCGAAACAACAAAAAGCUGUUAGCGCGUGUCAAAGCUUUUGACAGACACUGUAACAUGGUGCUAGAAAAUGUCAAGGAGAUGUGGACAGAACAACCCAAGGCUGGAAAGGGCAAAAAAAAGUCAAAGCCUGUGAAUAAGGAUCGUUUUAUAUCUAAAAUGUUUUUAAGAGGGGACUCAGUUAUUUUAGUGCUCCGAAAUCCAUUGGCUACAGCAAAAUAAAAAUCUGACCAUUAGUUGAUACAUUGUUGUCUAGCAUCUUAAAAAUGUCUAUAGUAAGAACAUCUUUUGCUAUACAAAUAAUUUUUGUAUGUAAAUAAUUUUUCUUUUAAAACAUUUUAAGAAUACAUGGUCACUUUUAAGAGUACAAAACUCUAAAGCUUCAGGCUGAUUGGGAAAAGUAUUUGUGUAUAUAUUUCAGUGUUUUGGUUUAACUGAACAAUGUUUUCUUUUUUUCAUUGUAGUAUAUUUCAUUGAUUUGACCAAAUGAUUUAUGUAAGUGGUUCAUUUUUAUUCAUGACAUGACUUGGUUCAUGGAAGUGUAUCACUUGUACUGAUGACAUAUGACUUGGUUCAUGGAAGUGUAUCACUUGUACUGAUGAUGUGACUUGGUUGAUGGAAGUGUAUCACUUGUAUUGAUGAUGUGACUUGGUUCAUGGAAGUGUAUCACUUGUACUGAUUACGUGACUUGGUUCCUGUUUGUUUUGUACCAAAUAAAAGUGUUAUAAAGGAUA